AAAUUACACUUCCUAGAUUUUAUAUUUACAGAGAGAGAAAAAGGAGAGGAUAAGAAAGAAAGUGGAGAAACAAAACCAAACCCAGAAACAGAACAUAAGACUCUUUAUCUCUAUGUACCUUAGUGGAGGCAGAGGCAUGGGGGGAGGAGCAGGUGGUGGAGGCAUGUUCAGGACUGUUGGGAGGAUGGCCGCAAGGGCCAGAGUUGCCACUGGAACAACCACCAACACCACCACCCCAGAAUCCCUUUCUUCUUCAUCUUGUGUUUCUCCAACUGCUGCUUCUGGGGAGAAGCAAAGUAAUCAACUUUUGAUAUCUGCUUCGAGUCAUAGCCUUGGUGGGAGUGUACCCGUAAGUGCCAAUUCUGGGUUGCCCCCUAAUUGGCCUGGUUUUGCUGCCUCUUCUUGCUGUGAUGAGUCUGAUUGGGUUUCUGUUGAUGGGGUUGAAGAUGAGAAGCCACUUGUGUUUCUUGAUGAUUUUGUUGUGGGUCCUGUUCCUUCCAUUGAUGAAGUUCAAAACGCCGUCUCUGCUCUCCAGCAGGUUGUUGAUUACCCCAAGCUUGUUAAGGAUAAAUAUUCCUGUAAUGAGGAGAAGGAUAUAGCAGAUCCAAUUCCAAGUCCAACUGAUUUGAUGUGCCAAGUUCCUUCACUUGGAUCUGGAUCUGAGUCAGACUGGAUGGAGCCUUCCAUGCAUCUCUAUGGACCAAACAGAGUUUAUGAUGCUUUCCAUUUACUGCAAACUGAUCCAUGCAUUAAGAAAAUGGUGAUUUCAUUGUCUUCCGACAAAGCUGUUUGGGAUGCUGUUUUGAACAAUGAGGUGGUGCAGGAGCUGAGGGAGUCAUAUUUUACAGCUGAAGACAAAAGCCUGGAGAUUUUAGAUGAGAAUUCUGAUGACUCAAAAAAAGAAGUAAAUUUUGUGCAGUGGAUUUUUGACAGUACCAAAGAAAAAGUCCUGGAAUUAAUGGGGAAAAUAACAAAUAUUGUAAAUGAGUUAUUCAGGCCACCUCCUCCUGAAGCUGAGACAACCACAGGGUCAAUAGCCGUAGCAGAAGAUCCAUUCCAGGAAAAGUUGAGAGCUUCAUUCUUACUGUCAGUCGUGGUACUGUUGAUUGUGGUUGUGUCUCGAGCCUCCUAGGCUUGACUAUAAUUUGACGACAUAACAUGUUUGUGCUAUCUCAUUUGCCGACUUCUAUCAAAACUCAGUCCCAGAUUGGGUUGCAUUAAUGUUUAAGUUAUGAUUGUAAUGAUGUAAAUGGCAGCCUCUUCUAGCUUAAUUUAUGCCUGUAAAAAGGAUAAUGGAAUUUGCCAUGUUUCCUUCAUUAGGACGCUUUCUUCAAUCUGAACAUAUUGACGUACUGUUGGCAAUGUAUGAUUCAGCUCUUCUAACAUUUGAGAUGUUCAAGUAAACUCAUAAUCUCUUGUUCUACUGAAUAUAUGUUUCCUUCAAAG